GACACUCUUACACUAAAAACUGCAAUGCAAUACAAGAAUGUGCUAAUCAUGCUAAUCUGAAUGCGACCAGGGAAGGGUCAGACUGAUGGCCGCGAAAGGAGACUCUGGCACUGUUGGGAAGCGCAGCGCUGCAGAUAUUUUAGCAGCCUUCCGAAGCAGAGUGGACCGGCAGAUAGCUGGUGAAUCAGAUCAAGACGCAAAGGAGGAAUACGCAGAUGGCACAACUUUUUUCUUGACUACGAGCGCAGCUGUUCGGCGGAGGAAGGAGGCUGAAGAGAAAGAGAGAGCUCAGAAGGAUUUGGAAGUGAUGGUGGUGAUGAAGGUGAAGAUCGUGGUCAUGGUGGCGGAGGCGUGGAUCUUGCCUGGCAAAAGAACUGCCAAUGGCCGAGGAAGAAAGCGAUUGGCCCAUGAAUUGGAGGCGACGAGCAGGCCUCUGACUGCGCUGGAGCUCCUAUGCCAACAAUUGCCACCGCCAGAGCCAAAGCCCAGGAAGCGCGAGGACAAAGUGCCCCGACAAUUGCAAGAAGAAGUGAAGGACGAGGUUGAGAAGGUUAAGACUGCCUGGAAAAAACCGAAGAGGAAGGCCAAGGUCAUGAACGUUCCGGCGAGUCUGCAGUUCAAGUACUUGAAGGAGCUUCUGGAGAAGGCGACAGGGCCCAUUGUGGAGGGGUACAUUGAUGAGGCGUUCACGGCGUGGUUAGCUUUCGAGAGGGCUGAGGAUGCUGAGGGUUUGUACAAUGAUUUCAAUGGCGGUGAAAUCAGCGGGGAAUCCAUCGAGGUGCAGCUCCUGUCAGAUUCAGAACCGCUUGGGCGCGCAUGAAAAUAUGACAGUGUUCAGGAUUGUGUUUCCUUGUCCUCAGAAAAGUUGUUUCCAACAGCUGAACCGUUGCCCGGCUCGCAGUUUGCCAGUAUGGUCAUCUUUUCUG